AUGAAAGGAGCAAGGCUAUUCAUCCUCCUUUCUAGUUUAUGGAGUGGGGGGAUUGGGCGUAACAACACUACACAUACUUGGACUACACCCGAGGAUGAGAACUCCUGGAACUCCCAGACCUCUGCUCCGGCUCCUCUAAGCAAAAUACAAAGUCUUCAGGUGCUGCCAACCACCCAGAUCACAUCAGUGGAGAUGGCCACAGCUCCCGAGGCAAGCACUUCCGAGGAGAGUCUUCUGAAAUCGACAUUGCUUCCCUCAGAGACAAGUGCAUCUCCCGAGCGUGUGAGAAACCAAACUCUCACACCCACAGGGAAGACAGAAGUGGUACUGAAGUUACAAACUCUUGCCCUCCCGACCAAAUCGAGCAUCAGGUUCAGUCCUAAAGCAGAGUCAGUGGUCCUUUCCAACUCCACCCUGAAAUUUCUUCAGAGCUUUGCCAGAAAGUCGAAUGAACAAGCCAUUUCUCUAAACUCGGUUAGAGGCGUUGGAAAUCGAUCCCCACGGGAAACGUACCUCAGCAGAGGUGACAGCCCUGGAAGCCAAAGAACCAGCUACCAAAAAUCAAGCUUUGAAACAACUAGAGGAAAGAACUGGUGUGCUUAUGUACAUACCAGAUUAUCUCCAACAGUGAUACUGGACAACCAAGUCACUUAUGUUCCAGCUGGUAGAGGGCCCUGUGGCUGGACCAGUGGAUCCUGUCCUCAGAGAUCUCAGAAGAUAUCAAAUCCUGUGUACAGGAUGCAACAUAAAAUUGUUACCUCAUUAGAAUGGAAGUGCUGUCCUGGAUUCAGUGGACCAAAAUGUCAGUUAGAAGCCCAGGAACAACAGCAGCUGAUACACAGCAACCAGGCUGAGAGUCACGCCGCAGGUGGCAGAGGGACGCCCGAGCAGCAGCAGCAAGACUGUGGUGACCCAGCAGUGACACAAAAAAUGACUGACCAGAUGAACUACCAGGCAAUGAAACUGACCCUUCUGCAGAAGAAGAUUGACAAUAUUUCUUUGGCCGUGAGUGAUAUAAAGAACACAUACUCCUCACUGGAAGGGAAAAUCAGUGAAGAUAAAGGCAGGGAAUUUCAAUCUUUUCUAAAAGGUCUAAAAUCCAAAAGCAUUAAUGAUCUGGUGAAAGAUAUAGUAAGAGAACAAUUUAAAAUUUUUCAAAAUGACAUGCAGGAGACCAUAGUGCAGCUCUUCAAGACUGUAUCAACUCUCUCAGAGGACCUUGAAAACACCAGACAGAUAAUUCGACAAGUUAAUGAAACCGUGGUUUCAGUAGCAGUCCAGCAAAAGUCUGUUUUAAUGCAAGAAAAUAGGCCCACUUCGACUGAUAUACUGGAUCUAAAAAAUCGCAUUGUGAGUGUAAGACAAGAAAUGACUUUUACAUGUGAGAAGCCUAUUAAAGAACUAGAAGCAAAGCAGACUCAUUUAGAAGGUGCUCUAGAACAGGAGCGCUCAAGGAGCAUUCUGUAUCAUGAAUCCCUCAACAAGACCCUUUCUAAAAUGAAGGACAUGCAGGAGCAUCUUUUAUCAACUGAACAAGUAUCAAAUCAGAAGAGUGUUCCAGCCGCUGGAUCAGUUAGCAAUAACGUCACUGAAUACGUGUCUACUCUACAUGAGACUGUAAAGAAGCAGGGUUUGAUGCUGCUGCGUAUGUUCGAUGAUUUGCACACCCAAGAUAGCAAGAUUAACAAUCUCACCCUUGCUUUGGAGAUGGAGAAAGAAUCUGUCAGGGAGGAAUGUGAACACAUGUUAUCCAAAUGCAGAGAUGAUUUUAAAUUUCAAAUUAAGGACACAGAAGAGAAUUUACAAGUUUUAAACCAAACAUUGGUUGAGGUUCUCUUUCCAAUGGACACUAAGAUGGAUAAAAUGAAUGAGCAACUAAAUGAUCUGACUUACGAUAUGGAGAUUCUUCAACCCUUGCUCGAGCAGGGAGCAUCCUUUAGAGAGACAAUGACGUAUGAGCAACCAAAAGAAGUAGUAGCUACAAAGAAAAAAGUGGAAAAUCUGAUGACUGCUGUUAGCAGUCUAAAUUUGCUUAUCAAAGAACUUACAAAAAGAUACAACUUACUUAGAAAUGAAGUACAGAGUCGUGGGGAUUCCUUAGACAGACGUAUCAAUGAACAUGCCUUAGAAAUGGAAGACGGUCUAAAUAAGACAAUAACUAUUAUAAAUAAUGCCAUUGACUUCAUUCAAGAUAACUACAUGCUAAAAGAGACUUUAGAUACAACAAAGUAUAAUCCUGAGGUCCAUCACAAAUGUACCCAAAAUAUGGAGACUAUUUUGACAUUCAUUUCUCAGUUCCAACGUUUGAAUGAUUCUAUUGAGAUUUUGGUCAAUGACAAUCAGAAAUAUAACUUUGUUCUGCAAGUUGCCAAGGCCCUUGCAAAUAUUCCUAAAGAUGAAAAACUAAGUCUGUCCAACUUUCAAAAGAUUUCUCAAAUGAUCAAUGAAACCAGUUCCCAAGUGAUAAAAUACCAGCAAAUUAUGAGUCAUUUGGAGGAAAAAAUACUCUCAGCCACAAACAUUUCCAAAAAUUUUGAAACUCGGUUGCAAGGCGUUGAGUCUAAAGUGACCAAGACGCUCAUACCUUAUUAUGUUUCACUAAAAAAAGGCUUUGUGGCUACAAAUGAGAGAGACCAGGCUCUACAACUGCAGGUACUAAAUUCCAGAUUUAAAGCACUGGAAGCAAAAUCCAUUCAUCUUUCCAUUAAUUUCUCUUUACUUAACAAGACUCUCUAUGAAGCUUUAACAAUAUGUCAUGAUGCUUCUACAAGUAUAUCAGAACUGAAUGCUACCAUACCCAAGAUAAAAGGUUCCAUACCAGAUACUCAGCUUCUUCAGAAAGGUCUGACAGAAUUUGUGGAAUCAGUGAUUGAAAUAAAAACUCAAAUUGCCCUAUCUAAUUUAACUCAGUAUAUAAACCAAUCAUUGUCUGGUAGUCUUGCAAACAUUGUCAAGUCACAGAAGCAAAUAAAACCAUUGCUGAAGAAACCCAAUACACUUAAGAAACCAACAGUGAAUCUGACCACUGUCCUGAUGGGCCGGACCCAAAGAAACACAGACAACAUUCUACUUCCCGAGGAGUAUUUAGACUGUAGUAGAUCUCCAUGCCAGAACGGGGGCACAUGUAUAAAUGGAAGAACUAGCGUUAUCUGUGCUUGCCGACAUCCUUUUACUGGUGACAACUGUACUGUCAAGGUGGUGGAAGAAAAUGCUUUAGCUCCAGAUUUUUCAAAAGGAUCUUACAGAUAUGCACCGAUGGUGGCAUUUUUUGCAUCUCAUACAUACGGAAUGACUGCACCUGGUCCUAUCUUAUUUAAUAACUUGGAUGUCAACUAUGGCGCCUCAUAUACUCCAAGAACUGGAAAAUUCAGAAUCCCCUAUCUUGGGGUGUAUGUUUUUAAGUAUACCAUUGAGUCAUUUAGUGCUCAUAUCUCUGGAUUUUUAGUGGUUGAUGGAGUAGACAAGCUUGCAUUUGAGUCUGAAAGUAUUAACGGUGAGAUAUGCUGUGAUAGGGUUUUGACUGGGGAUGCCUUAUUAGAAUUAAAUUAUGGGCAGGAAGUGUGGUUGCACCUUGUAAAAGGAACAAUUCCAGCCAAAUUUCCCCCUGCUACUACAUUUAGUGGUUACUUAUUAUACCGUACAUAA